ACUCUUUUACCACUGAAUAUAUCAGCAAGAAACAGUGUAGAGGUGUAAUUAUUCCAAGUGGAGUGAGUUGAAGGUGGUGGAGAAUUAUGGCAGUCUUACGCUGUAUCUUGAAAUUUGUAUUUUGAGUUUAGUAGAGAAUUGCUGUUCAUCAUAGGAGUUACCAUCAUCUACCAAGAAUGACACACAGUGCAGUGAAUGGAACAUCCAACAGCCUGGAUAAUGAGUUCAGGUUCUCCUCUGAUCUUAGCUUGGAGAACAUUCGCUCUGACCAGCAUAAAUUUUGCGAAGAGCGCAAUUGGUUGCAGUUUCAUCCACCACGUAAUGUUCUACUGGCUCUGGUUGGGGAAGUUGGUGAACUCUCUGAGCUCUUCCAAUGGCGGGGUGAGGUAACACGAGGCCUGCCAGAGUUCACAUCACAGGAGAAGGUGCGUGUGGGGGAAGAGUUAAGUGAUGUGCUGAUCUACUUGGUGGACCUUGCAGAACAGUGCCACAUUGACCUUCCUGCUGUUGUCAAAGAUAAAAUGAAGAAAAAUGCUGUCAAGUACCCAGUCCAUCGGGCGACUGGGAGAGGUGAUAAAAAUGAUGAUCCCUCUGCGUACAAGCAAGAAACAAGUGACAUUGGAGAUAUGCAACGAGAGAGGGAAGAAGGGGAUGGCAGUGAAUAAUUUAUUCUUGGACUUAAAAUUUUCAUUUAUUUUCCUAGAUUCUCAUUAGUUUAUAAUUUCACAUGUGUAUUUUUUUACUUUCUUUCAUAAGGCUUAAUGUGUAAAAUAAGAAAAAUGUUCAAGUCAGAAUAAGUGAAAGUCUGGCUGUCAGCAGCGCAGGGGCAAGAGGCUGCUUUUUAUAGUACUGUACUGUACUGUACCUACAGAAUUAUCCUCAUCAUUUAUUACCUCAUUACAUUAUGUAAGUUGUGUGAGCUGCAUGCUUGAGGUUGAAGAAAGUGGGUCCUCGGUUGUUGGGUUGGAAUCCUAAAUAAGGUAAAGUUUAACUGAUCAUACAUGCAUAAUCAUUUCGGCUUUAAAAUUUUCCAUACAUGUAGCAGAGCUUCAUCUCCAUUCACAAACUCAUAUUCUCUUUAGCAUAACAUAAAGUAAGUGAACUGUUAUCCUGCCUAGAAGUGAUGGUAUUUAAUGUACAGUAUAUCUUUUGAAUAGAAUGCUUUAACUUAUUCAUAUUUCUCAUAAUCAGGGUAAACAUGUCUAUCCUUAGAACUUUGUUUGGUUUAUAUUAGUUAUUAGGUAAUGAGUGUAGUGAUAGAAUUAUAAAUUAUACUAAACAAAAUUUAUGGUUGGGAAUAGUUGAAAGACUUACAGAAAAUUCAAGGUUGUGAUUAGUAGAAAGUCUUAUUUAAAUAAAAUUCAUGGUCAUAUUUUGUGGAAGGACAGAGUUGAAUAAAAUUUUAGGUUGUGGUAGGCAGUAGAAAGACAUACAUAUCUGAACAAAAUUCAUGGUUAUAGUAAAUGGAAAUGCAUACAUUAGUUGACUCACAAUUCACAAAUAAUGCACAUUUGAGAGAGGAACCUUAAGACAUUGUUUCAGUCCAUCAUGAACCAUUGUCAAGUCACAACAGAUGUGACUUGAGAAUCAUUCAGGAUGAACCAGUGUUGUGAAGUUCCUCCUCUAAGUGCAGAUUAUUUGUGAAUGUUCCAACCACAGUAUUGUGACUUUAUUUUUCAUAGUAGUUGACUUAAUAUACUGCAUUGUCAGUUUAAUAUUACUGUAAUUGAUAACGCUUGAAAACAAAACAAAAACACACAACACAUUAUUGACAUUUAAUAUCAGAGGGAACAUGGUGGGUUUAUGGAGAACACUAGAGUAUGUAUUUAUUAAAAUUGAUAAAGCUUGCCCACACAAAUUUUCAUAAUUACACUCAUUGAGAAUAACUGGCCCCAGUCUGAGCUACAAAAAUAAAUUUCUCAAAACCUGUUAAAGAUAAUGAAGAUUUAAAUAAAUAUUGUGGGAGUAACAUUAUAUAUAAUAAAAAUUUAAAUCCAGGAAAUUUGUAGAAAAGAAUACGGAGACCAAAUGUAAGGAAAUGUGACCAGAAGCUAAGAUUGUGUUAUUGUUGUAAACAGUUAUGAAGGUCCAUAUAGCAUGAGAAUGCUGAAUGCCCAGUAUGAUUUUAGAACCUUUUUGUGAAUGUAAUAGAUUAAUAAUAUACAAGAAAUAAAUGAAACUGGUGAAGGCAAAUGCUUCAGAGAAAGAACUGAUAAAAUGGUCUUGCUGAUAGACAAUAGGAUACAUUAGGUAUGCAUUCUGAAUUUUAAGUAACUAGUUUCAUUAUAUAAAACUAAAAAAAAAAAGAUCUACCAAAUAUAUAUAUAUAUAGGAGAAUUGACUAGAGUGAAAAAUACAGAUGAGUUGAGUAUUUUUUUUUGAUCAGUAAUUGCUAAGAGGCAACAGUAUACAUUUUUAUUAUGUUUUAUGUAGAUGAGUGUAUACAAGGGAAUGAAUGUGUACAUACGUUAUGGAUGUCAUAGUGUAUAUGAUAAAAUCAAUGCUUCUAAACCGUAAUUGGAGCCAGGAAAUCCGAAAAAGCUCUGUUAUUAUCAGAUGUUUGUAAAUGGUUUUCUUGUGGGAUGCCUUACCUGUAAUGGGAGGGCAUUGCACGUAACAUGUAAGCAGGGUAGUACAUGACAAGGUCCAUCAUGUAUUCAGGGUAGUAUGUUACAAGGUUCAUGUACCUAGGAUAGUACAUGAGAAGGUUCAUCGUGUACCUAGAGUAGUACAUGAGAAGGUUCAUCCAAUACCUCAGUUAAAAUAUAAAUGCUGUAUUUGA